GUCACAUGUCAUACUUUAGUCAAAGUGUUAUGUCAAAAUUUAAUCACAACGAUGACGAAACUUUUAACAAACAAUCAAGUUUAUACUCCCAACAACAACAGAAUCAAAUUUCGACGCCCCCUACAUCCCCUUUCUUAAAUUCUUAUGUACAAUCUCCCUUAUCUUGUGAGACUUCAUCUUCUUCUUGUUCAUCAACUUCCUUAUCUCCAAUCCUUACCCCAACUGCAACAACCCAUCCAUUUCAAUUUACCACAAAUUCUUUACCUGUUAGUCCGAUAUUUGAAAGCGUAAAUGAGAAAAAUGGAAAUGAUUAUGAUUUGUCAUUGACGAUAAUGGAACGAUAUCAAAAUAAUAACGAAUCAUUGACUAGAAAUUAUGAGAAAUCCAAUAAUUGUAAUAAUUUUUCUCCGUUAAACAAUUCGAUUCAGGAACAAAUUUAUUCAAACGACGAAUUAUUCGAAUCGGCUCAUGAACGAUAUAACAAUGACAAUGAUAAUAAAGUAUCAAACGUUAAACCAUAUAUUCAUAGUAUUAAUAAUAAUAAGAUUUAUUAUCAUGAACCACCGCAACAGUUGCAAUCUCAAUCGUAUAUAUUAAAUGCACAAUGGCAACAAAAUCAAUAUCACGCUAGUGGACAAUUAAAAGUCUCAUCAAUAGAACAUCAACUUCAACAUUUAAAACAUAAGGAUCCAAAUGAAGAGAGAUAUGUAAUGGAUCCUGGUUUUAUAAAUUCGGAUCUCAAUUUGAUGAAUUGGACUUUUAUUAAACCUAAUUACCCUUUAAUAUUUGAUCAAAUGUAUGAUAAAGCAGACGGUUGCUUCUUUUUAGAAGGUAUACCCUCUGAGUUUAUUUUUGACUUUCAUCAGCAUUCUGAUUUAUUAAUUGAAGGUUAUUUUGUUAAUGAAGAUAUUGGUCAAAGUUAUUAA